CGAGCCAGCCCCGCUACAGUUAGCCAGAGGACGCUGCCUUCUUGCUGGGAGAGGAAAAGCAGAAGCCCGAAGCAGAGGCACUGCCUCUCACCGCUUGGGAUUAUGCCCUUCACCACAGCCAAAGUAGCCACACGGCUGAGCCAAGGAAUCACUGCCAAAAGAGCAGCCGUGGCACUGUUGCUGGCAGCAUAUGGGGCCAGGAAGUUGUACCCCAUUCUGCGGAGACAGUGGGCUGCCUCCGUCCUCCAGGUGAAUCCAGAGACCGCCAGCCCCAGAGAGACAACUGCAAAGUGGAGGGAACUCGAGGUGGCCACUGCAUCAGCACCUGGUGUGAACAAAGUGUUUUUUCUCCGUCUCCUUCGACUCCUGAGGUUGCUUUUCCCAGGGCCACUGUGCCGGCAGACAGGACUCUUGGCCUUGCAUUCAGCUGCCCUUGCUAGCCGCACCUUCCUUUCGGUUUAUGUGGCCCAGCUGGAUGGACGCUUGGCCCGCUGCAUUGUCCGUAAGAACCCACGGGACUUUACGUGGCAGCUUCUUCAGUGGCUCCUCAUUGCCCUGCCGGCUACCUUUGUCAACAGUGCCAUUCGGUACCUGGAAGGGCAGCUGAGCCUGGCCUUCCGUGGACGCUUAGUGGACCAUGCCUAUCAACUCUACUUUGAGGGUCAGACUUACUACCGGGUCAGCAACAUGGAUGGACGGUUGCGUAACCCGGACCAGUCGCUCACUGAAGAUUUGGUGGCCUUUGCUAAUUCUGUAGCCCAUCUCUACUCAAACUUGACCAAGCCUGUCCUUGAUCUCAUUGUGACUUCCUAUACCUUGGUCAGUUCAGCUAGAUCAAAGGGGGCUGACACAGCCUGGCCCUCAUUUAUUGCUGGUUUGGUAGUCUGCAUCACUGCCAAGGUGCUACGUGCCUGUUCACCAAAGUUUGGCCAACUGGUGGCUGAGGAAGCACGCCGGAAAGGAGAGCUGCGCUACAUGCAUUCUCGUGUGGUGGCCAAUUCAGAAGAGAUUGCCUUCUAUGGUGGACAUAAGGUGGAACUGUCCCUUCUGCGGCAUUGUUAUCAUCAGCUGGCCUCUCAAAUCAAUGUGCUGCUUCUGGAGAGACUCUGGUAUGUGAUGCUGGAGCAGUUCCUUAUGAAGUAUGUGUGGAGUGCUGCUGGGCUGGUCAUGGUGGCUGUACCGAUCAUCACUGCUACCGGCUACUCUGAAACAGAUUCAGAGGUGGUGAAACAAGCUGCACUGGAAAUGGAAGAGCAAGAACUGGUAAGCUUGAGGACUGAGGCUUUUACCACAGCAAGGAGUCUGUUGUCUGCAGCAGCUGAUGCCACUGAGAGGGUCAUCUCUUCCUACAAAGAGGUACAGAUGCUCAGUUGCCUGGGGAAGAAUUGGGUCAGUCUGAUCCUCCGUUCCACCUAUAUGAAAGGAGUCACAGAGCAAAAGAAAUCAUUGACAAAGGAUUACAUUUGUUUCUUUCUAUGGAGAAGGUCAGCAUCUCUUGCCAUGAAAUGCUUCUUUCAUGGUGAAUAUAAGGCUCUGUCUUUUCUUCUGCUUACAGGACAUGUGAUUGAUGUGGAUCAUGGGAUUGUCUGUGAAAACAUCCCCAUUAUCACGCCCACCGGGGAUGUGGUAGUCGCCAGCCUCAAUAUCCGAGUAGAUGAAGGUAUGCACCUCCUGAUCACUGGCCCAAAUGGCUGUGGGAAGAGUUCCCUUUUCCGGAUCUUGGGAGGGCUUUGGCCAACUUACAACGGCACCCUCUACAAACCACCUCCUCAUCGAAUGUUUUAUAUUCCACAGAGACCAUACAUGUCUGUGGGCACUCUGAGAGACCAGGUGAUUUACCCAGAUACGGCCAAGGACAUGGGACGGAAAGGACAUACCGAUUCUGACCUGGAACAGAUCCUGGAUGUCGUCAACCUCAAUUAUAUUGUUCAGCGUGAAGGAGGUUGGGAAGCUGUCAACGAUUGGAAGGAUGUACUUUCUGGUGGCGAGAAGCAGCGAAUGGGGAUGGCCCGGAUGUUCUAUCACAGGCCAAAGUACGCGCUCCUCGAUGAAUGCACCAGUGCCGUCAGUAUUGAUGUAGAAGGCAAAAUCUUCCAAGCAGCAAAGGAUGCAGGAAUAGCAUUGCUGUCCAUUACACACCGACCUUCAUUGUGGAAGUACCAUACCCACCUCCUCCAGUUUGACGGGGAGGGUGGCUGGCGGUUUGAGAAGCUGGACCCUGAAGCCCGUCUCUCCCUGCGGGAGGAGAAGCAGCGCCUGGAGCAGCAGCUGGCUGGCGUCCCUGAAAUGCAGCAACGUCUCAGCGAACUCUGUCAAAUAUUGGGUGAAGAUGCACCUUCUACCGUGGGAUAGAUGGGUGAUUUGGGUGCCUUCCAAUCUCCUCUGCUGGCUUGGUGAGAAGGAUCUUAACUGCGACACGCUCACCUCAGGAGCUGCACAAGAUGGGCAGUUUUUGUCCCAGCCACCCAAGGAGCUGUUGAGGAUACCCCGGUGGGGGCGGGGCAUUAUUUAUUUCUGGCACCCAUUGAUUUAUUCUUCUGCCUCAGUUUAGGGCUGGGGGAAGAAAGGGGUUGCCCCACACUGCCAAUAUCUCUGAAGCCAGCCCUUUCAAUCCCCACACACAUGGUGCCUCAAUACCCCUAGAUAGUACAAGUUCUUCACUAAUGGGAAUUGCAAUGCUCCACUGCCAGUCUUGAGCCUCUUGUACCCAUGGACUGUUUGGAGUAACUUCUCAGCUACUGCCACCUCACCAACCUAGAAACUUCAGCGAAAUCGAUCACAGCCUUUCUUCGCAGAAACGCCACACAUAUAGCACGAGUGGAAGGAGCUCUUGCCAGCCUCUUUCCUUCUGGGCCCCACAGCUAGGCUGCAACGUUUGGCUCCACUGACAAGUUUCUGGUACCCAAAUUGAGGGGUGUCUCCUCCUUCUUUAAACAGCCCUGAAGGAAAGCAGAAAGUUUUAAGAAAGUCACAUUCUGUUAGGUUGGUUGCGUUCUAUGAAAUGCAGAUUAUUUUUUUUCCAGGCACUUACCCAUUGUGUCAUUAAGAAACUCUUUGUGAUAUAGGGCAAGUUGCCUAAGGAGGUCCCGGAUCUCUGAGACCCAUCUUCUGAAGAUUUUGUGUCUCUUGUUCUGAGCAUGCUCAGAUGGUGCCAACGUUCACCGUCAGUUUAAUGAUUCAAACUGUGUUGCCGACAUCUUUGUAACCUCUAGGAUCUCACCACUGCAUUUGAAGGAUGCUUAGUAAACACAGACGUGGGAAAGUCUUCCUGAAAUGGGAAGAAAACCACUGUUUGGGAUUUACCUUAAUGUUGUGAUCUUGCAAGGUCAGAUUUUGCAGUUUAGACUAUCAAGCCAUUCCCAAAGGUUUAACUACACGCCUUCUGAUGGGGAGGAAGUGACCCUUUAUUGAGGGAGCUGUAUUUCAAUAUCACUUGCCAAUGGAACAACUGGGUCCAUCAAAUUGGAAUUUCCUCAAGAGACUACACUAGAAUUUCCUAGAAAUAUUUAUGUUGUAAGCACUCAUUUGAUUUAGACUUUCUGACGUUCUCAUUUUCUAUAGACCAUGAGAGGCUAUGCGGGUUCCCAAUGUCUGAAUCAGAAUACAUGAAGGCAUAUUUAUUUGCAAACUAUAGAGCUUUGCCAAUUUAUUUGCACUGGAAUAAAAUCCUAGUCGGUCUUGAUUGAGGAUAGAGCACAUUGUAGCUCCUGUCUCAGCUACUGUGUGCAUAUUAUUUUAUCCUGCCGCUUUAACUGAUAGGAUUUGUAGAGGGAUUACACUAGAUAGGAAAAGAAUAAUUGGGUCCCAUUUUAGGAGACUUACAUUGGAUUAUUCUUACUAUUGUUGUGGUAUUGUUGGUCUGCCUCCACCCCCAAAAAACCCCAAUCCAAAAUCAAGAGAUGGUGAGAAUUCCUACUGUCAUGAUUUAAAGUACUGAUAUCAACUUUCUCCCUAUGAAACAAAAGACCAACAAACUAUUAUUAACGUUAGCUCCAAGGCCCACCCAACAGUUCCUUUUAGUGGCAACUUCAUUAAACCUGAUGCCAAUCUUUCAGACUGUCUUGGCCCACAAUUCCUUUGUAUCCACAUUGGGUUGAAUCUACCUGUGCAGAGUAAUGAGGCACUUUGUGGAGAUUUAAAAAAAAAAAUGGACAGGUUCAGAUUUUUGCAAGCUGUGGUAUUCUUUAAAAAAAUUACUCCCUCGCUUCUCCCUCAUAAUUAAAACAAAACAAAGAACAGCACAACAAGGAAAAAAAUAACCUUUUCUCCCACACAUGCCCCUUGAGGAAAUGUUGGAUUUCUGUGAUUGGUCAAAAGCCUGCAGUUCAAAGUAAUACUGCUGAUUUCGCCACAUUCAGCUGAAUGAGCAGAUGCAACCUUUUAGUUCCGCCUUUCUGUUCUGUAGAAAUAAGAAAGUCACAAUCCCACAGUUGAUGCUUUCUGCGGAUCAAAAGAGGGACUCUUUAACAGUUCCAUGCUGCUCUCUACCAUCUCCUUUCCUCCCACAAGAAGUUGUGGUAUUUGCUACCAGUGACCCUUCACUGCUUAUGACCCAAUUGUUAUAUUUUCCAGCCACAGACCCAUCAAGCCCAGCCGUCCCAAUCUCACCAGUAUAGCCCAAGCAAUUUAUAGGGAGGUUUCAGUCUGCAUCAAAAUACUUGUCUCGUGCCCUCUGGAACAGAUCUUUAAUUCAGAUUGUACUAAGCCAAAAAUAGGAGUGGGUUGAUUUGUGAUGUAGGGCAAUAUUGUGAUUUGUAAAAACAACGUGAUUCUCGGCUUGGCAUGAAUUCAUCCAGCUAUCUUAAUCAACAAAGCAUUGUUUUGAAUGAGAGUUUAGAAUGAUGUGUGAAACCUGUCGAUUUGAUAUAAGAGCAGGUAGGAUAUUGGAGAGAGGUUCCCGAUGCUGGGAAGCUUGAUGAAGGAAAUUCAUCACCUUCCUCUCCUUUACUGUAUGGUGUAAGUGACUAGUUUUAUUUACUGUGUGUCCGCAUUUUGUAAAGUAAUUUGAGAUAGCAUCAGAUCUAUUGUGGGCCAUUUUAUGAGCCUGGUAUGUUCUAUCUACUCUUCUAGAAAGCAAACAAGCAAGCAGAACUGUUUUAUUGCUUAUGGGGAGGGGGAGAGAACAGCAAAGCCAAAGAGUGUGCCAUUGAGAUUGAGCGUCCGUCAAAUGUACAAGUCUCACUGCAGCACAUAGCUAUUUCCAUUUAUU